AUGGGGUUGAAUCGCUUUUUGCCAUUCCUCAAAUCAAAGAUGAGAGAUCAUUGCAAAAAGAUGGAAGAAAGAGCUGCCUUGGCUAGAGACAACCGGGCUGAAUCAGGAAGGCCUCCUGCAAUAUAUCUAGCAGAUCUCCAGCUGGAGUUGAUCAUUUUUCGCCGACCUUUGAUAUCUGGUGAUGGAAAUGUCGUUGUUAUGAACUGUGAAGAGGAGAUUCUUUGGUCAUCAAAUGUUUCAACCUCUCAGAGUUUUGAACAUCCUUCUGAUUCUACUAUCCCUAGAACGAGGAUAAGUGAAAACACAAGAACAGGGGAGAGGGUAGAAGCAACAUCUUGGAGAAGCCCUUGGGAUCCUAAUUUUGGGAACUUCUCUUUAGGAAUGAACUCUGGAGUCAUUCCUCAGGUGUAUAUCUGGAAAGGCAGCCGUCCCUAUUGGCAAAGUGGCCAAUGGAAUGGCCAAACCUUCAUCGGAGUGCAGUAUAUGUAUCCUGUGGUGUCUGAUGGAUUUAACUUAGUGAACAAUUGGGAAGUCUUGGAUUGGAAAGGGAACUUUGUUCAAUCAUAUUGGGAUGAGAAUGAGACAGACUGGAAAAUAAUAUGGUCAGCUUCCAAAAAUGAUUGUGAAGUUUAUGGAAUGUGCGGUUUCAAGCCAAAUCAUAGAGAAGAAUGGGAAAGGGGGAAUUGGACUAGUGGUUGUAUUGGGAGGAGAGCUUUGCAAUGUGAAGUAAAGAAUAAGAAUAACUCAGAGGAUUCAAGUAAAGAAGAUGGAUUUAUAAAGAUUUGA